UGUGACGUGUUCCAGGCAUAUAUCACAAGCACCGGGCUGGGCUGCUCAGUGCCUGCUAGACCUCGAGAAGAGUUAGGACCUCCGGAGGCGCUCUCCGAGUUUCAUACUCUUGUCUCGCGAUCGUUUGGCACACUGCAAGCGCUACAUGGGCAAUCUGCUUUGUAAGUUUCGUCCCCCGCCCCGCCUCCGUCCCCUGCCAGGCCGAUGUCGCCCGCUGGUCUCUCCUGCCUGCUCAGCCUCCCAUCCUGUCCGGCACCACCCGGCUGCUCCGCCUGCUCCCGCACCUUCCCACUGCCCUGGGCACAGGCCAUUCCACCGGGAUCGUAGGCCUUUACCAGCUAGCUUUCAUGUGGAGCCCAAGAGACGGUAUCCGCUCCCUCAGGCCGUGUGUUCCCCUGUGGGCCUCCUCCCCUCGGUGAACUGGAGGCACCCUCCGAAAAAACCUGUACUGUCCGCUCGUACUUCCAUGAUGUUCGGACCCUCGACAACUGUGAGGAUCCCUCCACCCCGGCAGAAAUUCACUGUCCUGCCUUCGCCACCCGAGCAGACAGUCGAGGCUGCGAAGCCGAAACCAUCCAGUUCCCUCCCCCGUUCCUGCCCAAAGGGGUUGGGGGAGAAGGUCCAAGAAGUGCCCAGAGAAGGGAAGGAAGAUUUUGGAGAGACCAGAGGGCAGGAUGAUGGGAACAGGGCCCCCCACAGCAGUGGGGAUAUACUGUUGACAUCCAGGCCCCUGGAGACCGGUGGACUGCUCCGUUGGGACCAAUGCAGCCCUGCACCUGGGGACCAAUCUCCCAGUCCCUCAGGAGACAGCUUGGGGGGGAAACACUCAGAUACCUCGG